AUGCAAUUAAUAGAAGAUGCAAAUGCCAUGGGAAAAAAACCGCCUUUUUCUCUUUUACUAUCUCUAGUUAAUCUCAUCUUACAGCCUAAAGAAAAAUUGAAAACAAAAAAGUUAUUAAAAGAACACUGGAUCUAUUGUAAGAGGGCACAUGCUAUUUUGAUGGAUGCACUUUACUUAUUUGGAACCGAGAUCUAUAGUCCUUUGUGGAAUCAAUUUAGAAACUUUGAACUUAUUCCAACAAAAAGAGCACAAAGAGCGCUUGAUGAUGACUAUAAUGUCUUGGAUACAAACACAUUAAGAGAAUAUAGUGAUUUUUGGGGACUUGUAAACCGAGUAUUAAAUCAUGGUGGUAAGGAUCUUGAAACAAAGUGUCGUAAAUUAAUAUUAGAUUUAUUUGUCAACAUAUUACAAUAUGAUUUAAAAUCAGUUAUCAAUGACGAAAACGGAGUAAAAGAUUCGAUUUUUAUACAAACAUUAAAAAAGGAUGCAUUAUGUACUCUAAGUAAAUUUGAUAAUUAUUUAAAAAUCUUGUUAAGCAAGUUUCCAAAUGAUGACGAAGAAUUAAUGCAUCUUUCAGGAGAUAUAUUUAAUAUGCUCAUUACAAUCAGUUGUUAUGAACAAAUUGCUCACAUGGACGAACUUGUAAAGCAAACAUAUAAACUAUUUCAAAGAAUGGAUGCAGAAUCCUGUCAACAACUUAUGCAAGUUAUCAAGUACCCUACUUUUUUAAUUUUACUUUGUGAUAAAGCACUUGCAGAUACAAAUAUUAUUAAGGUCCCAAAGGAGCAUCAACAUUAUCGAAAUGCACCUCAUGUUCCACUUCAUUUAGAGAAAACAUUCUUUUAUGUUCUAAAAACAUUACCUAACGAUAACAACACCUUAGAAGGCAUCUAUCGACACGUUGCUAUUGUAUUCAAAUAUUGUGCGUGUGUCUUUUCAACAGCUACAAUUAGUCAUAAGCGAGAUAUUACAGAGACCAAUUCUGCAUUACCAGAAGAUCAACUUAUAUUACUUAUUACAUUUCAACACCAAAUUAUUAAAGAAUGGGAAAAUAUGGUUGAAGAAUUGAUAAAUAAUGUCGGGUUUAGCGAUCAAGAAGAUGUGGAAUUAGUAGAAAAGAUUCGAUGGACCGUUAAAUUAACAAAAUUAUCUAUUAUAGAGUAUUUUUAA